AUGGCAACUCGUCCGCCGGCGGCGGCGAGCUCGACACACACCACAAAUGGCGAGACCCAUGCGCGGGGUCCUCCAAACAACGCUGCACCAUCUACCGCGACGCCGGCACCUGCAUCGACUGUGAAUCGCAAGAAGCAGAAACGCCGACAGAAGCAGGCCGCUCGCUUAGCUGCGGAGCAUCAGUCGCCCACCGAUGGCUACGCAUCUGGAGAUGUAGCGGAUCCAGCCAUGGGAGAUGAUAUGCGUUCUUACGGAGAUGACCGUGACUACGGCGAAUCUUUUCCUAACCAUGCAGCGACCGGUGUGCCCUUUGCAACCGACAAGCCAAAAGUCUCGCGGCAGAAUUCAAACGACCACCCAGUAGCUGACGGACCAGAUGAGCAACUCCAUGUUACGGGUCGACGAUCGAGAAGGAAAAGGGGAAAGAAAAAUCGCUCUGGAUCUCACACUCUCGCCGAUGGAAGCUCGACUCCGCUCUCCACCCCGUCCGCCACCUUCUCCCACCCUCCGCCGCCGCCCCAAACCCUGCCCUACACUAGUCGGUACCCGAUGAAGUCCGGAAAGGAGGGCAGCAUUUGGAAUCAGUCUUCGCUGGAGGAGCGCGAAAACAUCAGGACCUUCUGGUUCGAGCUGGGCGAAGAAGACCGGCGGCAGCUGGUCAAGGUCGAAAAGGAUGCCGUACUGAAAAAGAUGAAGGAGCAGCAGAAGCACUCUUGCAGCUGUACGGUGUGUGGGCGAAAGCGGACUGCGAUUGAGGAAGAACUCGAAGUGUUGUACGAUGCAUACUACGAGGAGCUCGAGCAGUACGCGAACAACAACCAAGGCUCGUUCGACGAGGGCUCGCCCAUAAUUCCCCCGCCUCGACUGUACCAACCUCCCCUUCGAUCUCCCGGUCAACAUACCCGCACCCAUGGCCAGUUUCACCCGUCGCGAGGCAGAGUCCAGGAGCUACCUGAGGACGAUGAUGACCUUGAGGAAGACUACGACGAGGACGAGGAAGACGAGGACGACGAUGAGCUGUACAGUGAUGAUGAGCUUGAGGACGAAGAGGCACGCGAAGCGCGCGCAGACUUCUUCGCGUUUGGGAAUAGUCUCACUGUGAAAGAUGGCAUCCUUACCGUUGCAGACGAUCUUCUCAAGAAUGACGGGAAGCAUUUCAUCGACAUGAUGGAACAGUUAGCCGAACGUCGAAUGCAAAGAGAAGAGGAUACGCAGUACGGGAUAGCCGCCGCUCAUCAAUCCUUCCAUGGAGGUCACAAUCAUGGCCCUCUCGACGAUGAGGACUACGAUGACGAGGAAGACGAGGAGUACGACUCCCAGGAGGAGGAUGAGUAUGACGAAGACGAAAUGGUGUGUUCUCGGUGUUUUGCUCCGAUUCCGUGCUGUACGAAUGUUGACCACCAAAAGGACGCCAUGACGGAAGAACAGCGCAUGCAGGAAGGCCGGCGAAUGUUCCAAAUUUUUGCUGCGCGGAUGUUCGAGCAACGAGUCAUGACUGCAUAUCGAGAGAAGGUAGCCGAGCAGCGUCAGAAACAGCUCAUCGAGGAGCUGUUGGAAGAAGAAACCCGAGAAGAGCAAAAGAACGCCAAGAAAGCUCGAGAGGCGCAGAAGAAGAAAGACAAGAAGCAGAAACAGAAACAAGCCAAGGAUGAGGAGAAAGCUCGCCGGGAUGCCGAAAAGGCGGCUGAGGAGGCUGCGGCCAAGGCUGCGCAAGAGAAGAAGCUCGAAGAGCAGCGGCUGAAGCGCGAAGAACAACGGAAGAAGCGGGAGGCCGAGCGAAAGGCUCAAGAAGAGGAGCGUGUGCGGAAGGAAGCCGAGAAGCAACGGCGUCUCAAAGAGGAGCGAGAACGACAGGCCGAAGCUGAGCGCAAGCAACGCGAACAGAAGGAGCUGGAGAAGAAGAAGCGCGAGGAGGCCAAGCGGAAGGAGCGAGAGGAACGAGAGGCCCGAGAGAAGAAGGCCAAAGAGGAGCGAGAGCGCAAAUUGCGAGAGGCAGCGGUCAAGGCCGAGCAGGAACGCACUGACAGGCGUGAUGUCCAAGCAAAGCGUGCUCCACCAACGUACGCUGGGGCGUUUCCUCUUCAGCCAAACCCGCAGUCUCCAGCUCAAUCGGGUCUUCUACAAUCUCCGCAUUAUGCUACCGCAAAUGUCGUUCCGAAAGCUCCAACACCCGCGCGGCCGCGCCAACCGUCUCAGCAGGACUCUCACACCUCGUCGCCUCGAUCCCAGCAAGCCAGCACAGACUCGUCUCAUCAGCAGUCCGUCUCACCGCACUCAAUGCCACAAUCGCAGUCGUCGGGAGCCUCCAGCAUGGGUACUAAGCAAACCCAAGGCCAGCAACAGCAACCUCCUUUGCACCACCCCCAGCCUUCGGCGCCGCUGUCCCCACUCGGUCGAACGAACCCACCCGGAUUUCAAGGAUUGGGUCUGCCGUCUCACCCACCGGGCAUUCCUGGUAUGGCACCCCGGCCACCGCUGGGACCAGAUUUGCCUAUGUAUCCGCCCAACUCGACCAACCUGAUGAACCAAUUUCGAGGUUUCCCUGCGCCAGGUGGAAUUCCUGCGCCACCUGGAAUCAAUGGGUCACGCCCAAUCCCUCCAGGCCGUGGGUUCCCGCUCGAGCAUGGACCCAGUCUUCCGUUCCAGGGACAGCCUGGGUUGUCCAACGCAUUCCCUAUGCAACAAGGUGGUUUGGCCAAAACUCAUUCGAGACAACCGUCCGGCUCGUUCGAACGGUCACCACUGGAGAACAAUUCCCAACUGUACCCAAUCACGCGGCCAAGUCCGAUCAAGCGUCCGCCUAGCACCGCUCAAGACCAGCAGAGAGAAACGGGACACGUUCCAUCGCAGCGAGAGGUGGACAACCUGAGCGCCCAUCUGGGCAGCAGCGCCCUUCUUGACGAUACCGAUUCUCCAUAUUCAGCCAAAUUGUCCCAGUCCCUGCCCGGUGCAGUGGCCCCUGGAUCAUUCCCUGGACCAACGAGAGCUAGCUUUGGGGGACCGUCGCUAUUCGGUGAUCCUCUAGCCCCCAAACCUGUCAACAAUUUCUCGGUCACUUCUUCGACUAACACCUGGGGCACGCCUUUCGGUAAUUCUGCUUUCCCUGGAACCCCGACCUGGGGAACUGCACCUGGGAGUGGUUGGUCCCACAACGUCUUUGGAGCCAGCAGUCAUCAGCGUCCGCACACAUCCCGGCCCGUUACAAUCCGCCUCUUGGUGAUCCAGGCUUGCAAGCAACUCAACACAAUGAGCUCGCAAAAAGGCCUCGCAGGCUACCAUGACGUGGGCAUCGUUCUUCGGCAGGUGGAACAGCUACGGCCUUCAAGUGAGCCUUCGAUCUCUCUGGGUGAGAUGCUGGAUAUCUGCGACACAGAGGGCAGCCCUCAGAACGGCGGCGGGUCAUUCUCCAUCAACGAGAACGAGAAUGGUCAGUUCGUCAAGUUCGAGCCGGACACCAACAGCGCCGCGCCUGGUCACAGACCCAGUAUUGUUCCUGGAGACAUCGGCAGCCCGAUUCCUGGGAAUAGCAACCCGGCUGCGUUUGGCGGAUUCGGUGGUCCCGCGCCCUCAGUGCUACGACAGUACACCUCGCCCCCAGCUGGGUUCUAG